CCGGCUGUAGCUGGCCCGGUGGGCUCGCGGGAGACGCUCGUGCGCGCACGCGCACACAACGCGGAGCGGAGCUCGAGACAUCGAGGAGGGGAGUAAGAAGCAUCGGGGGAGGCGAUAGAGGAGGAGGCGGUGUGUGUAUAUGUGUGUGUUCUACGGUGUGGCUCGUCGAGGGGCGAGCGGAGGCUUGAAAGAGGGCGAGGGAGAAGCGAAAAGAGUCCGAGUCUCUGUCCGUGAGAGCCUCUAAUCUGGUUGCUAUGGAAACAUGACUAAAUAAACGGAAGUCCAUUCUGAUAAUUCUGAUACCUGAGAUGUAACUGGGCUAAAGAGUGGAACAGGAAAAAUUUUAGUGCCAACCUCAAUUACAAUGGCUACUGAUUCAGGAGAGCCAGCUAGCACAGAAGAUUCUGAGAAACCUGAUGGAGUUUCACUGGAAGACAGAGCUCCUCAGCUUGCAGCAACUUUGACAGUGGAAGCUAGACUAAAAGAAAAAAAUAGUACCUUCUCUGCUUCUGGGGAAACUACAGAAAGGAAGAGAUUCUUCCGAAAGAGUGUUGAGAUGAUGGAAGAUGAUAAAGUUGCUGCAUCUUCCUCCAAAGAUGAGAGAAUGAAGACCACAACAAAUAUUCCAAGAGUAGAAAAGCUUCCUACAAAUGUGCUAGGAGGUGGACAAGAAGUUAAAUACGAACAGUGUUCAAAGGCAACUUCAGAGUCCUCAAAAGAUUGUCUCAAGGAGAAAAAUGAAAAGGAAAUGGAAGAAGAAGCAGAAAUGAAGGCCGUAGCUACUUCUCCUAGUGGCAGGUUCCUGAAAUUCGACAUAGAGCUGGGAAGAGGAGCAUUUAAAACAGUAUAUAAAGGAUUGGACACUGAAACAUGGGUUGAGGUUGCUUGGUGUGAGCUGCAGGAUCGGAAAUUAACCAAAGCUGAGCAGCAAAGGUUCAAGGAAGAAGCAGAAAUGUUAAAGGGUCUCCAACAUCCCAAUAUAGUUCGAUUUUAUGAUUCCUGGGAGUCUAUAUUAAAAGGAAAGAAAUGUAUUGUAUUGGUGACUGAACUUAUGACAUCAGGAACUUUAAAGACGUACUUAAAACGAUUUAAAGUCAUGAAACCAAAGGUCUUAAGGAGCUGGUGCAGACAAAUUUUAAAGGGGUUGCAGUUCUUGCAUACUAGGACUCCUCCCAUUAUUCACCGGGAUCUGAAGUGUGACAAUAUUUUCAUCACGGGACCCACUGGAUCUGUGAAGAUUGGUGAUCUAGGCCUAGCCACCUUAAUGCGAACAUCAUUUGCUAAGAGUGUCAUUGGGACUCCUGAGUUUAUGGCCCCAGAGAUGUAUGAAGAGCACUACGAUGAAUCUGUAGAUGUCUAUGCUUUUGGAAUGUGUAUGCUGGAAAUGGCUACUUCAGAGUACCCUUACUCUGAGUGCCAGAAUGCAGCUCAAAUAUACCGUAAAGUAACUAGCGGCAUAAAACCAGCCAGUUUCAAUAAAGUCACUGAUCCUGAAGUGAAAGAAAUCAUUGAAGGAUGUAUUCGCCAAAACAAAUCAGAAAGGUUGUCUAUCAGGGACCUACUAAACCACGCAUUUUUUGCUGAGGAUACAGGACUGAGGGUGGAGUUAGCAGAGGAAGAUGACUGCUCAAAUUCAUCCCUGGCUUUAAGACUCUGGGUUGAAGACCCUAAAAAAUUGAAAGGCAAGCACAAAGACAAUGAAGCUAUUGAGUUCAGUUUCAAUUUAGAAACAGAUACAUCUGAGGAAGUAGCGUAUGAAAUGGUCAAGUCAGGAUUCUUCCAUGAAAGUGAUUCCAAAGCUGUUGCUAAGUCCAUUAGAGACCGGGUCACCCUGAUAAAGAAGACGAGGGAGAAGAAGCCAGCUGGCUGUUUGGAAGAACGCAGGGAAUCCCAGUGCAAGUCUGCAGGGAAUGUACUCCCUCAGCCCCAGAAUACAGCUUUGCCCCCUGCUCCUGCUCAGCACACUGGGGCUGAAUGUGAAGAAACUGAAGUUGAUCAACAUGUUCGACAACAGCUUCUACAAAGAAAACCACAGCAGCACUGCUCCUCUGUUACAGGUGACAAUUUGUCCGAGGCAGGAGUUGGAUCUGCUAUACACUCAGAUACUUCAAGUCAGCCCAGUAUAGCCUAUUCCUCAGACCAGAUGAUGGGCUCUCAAGUGGUUUCCAACAUCCCACAGGCUGAAAUAAAUGUUCCAGGGAUGAUUUAUCCAUCCCAGCAGCUGGUAGGACAUUACCAGCAGAUUUCAGGGUUGCAACAGCAGCCAAAGCUGACUCAGCCCCACAUUUUGCCUUUGGUUCAAGGUCAGUCCACUGUUUUGCCUGUACAUGUCCUUGGACCUCCGAUUGUCUCACAACCCCAAGUUUCCCCAUUAACUGUCCAGAAAGUCUCACAGAUAAAGCCUGUAUCCCAGGCAGUUGGAAUUGAACAAGCAACUCUUCUAAAACCGGAUUUAGUUAGAAGUUUGAAUCCGGAUGUGGCAGCUGUGAAGGAAAACAUCAAUACCCCUGAUAACCCCUGUGGAAAUGGCAAACAAGAUCGGAUCAAACAAAGAAGAGCUUCCUGUCCUCGACCAGAGAAGGGGACUAAAUUCCAACUUACUGUCCUUCAGGUGUCAGUAUCUGGAGACAAUAUGGUGGAAUGUCAACUGGAGACACACAACAACAAGAUGGUCACCUUCAAGUUUGAUGUUGAUGGUGAUGCACCAGAGGAUAUUGCAGACUAUAUGGUUGAAGAUAACUUUGUGCUAGAAAAUGAGAAAGAAAAAUUUGUAGAAGAAUUGAGGGCUAUUGUAGGUCAAGCCCAGGAGAUCCUUCAUGUCCACUCUGCUGCAGAUAGAGCCAUUGGAAUUGACUCUAUUAUUGUGGAAUCCAACAAUAACCAAACAGGAUCAUCUGAACAAGUACAGAUAAAUUCUGCAUCCACUCAAACCAGCAAUGAAUCUGCUCCACAGUCAUCCCCAGUUGGUCGGUGGCGAUUCUGUAUCAAUCAAACAAUAAGAAACCGUGAGGCUCAAUCUCCUCCUUCUCUUCAGCAGUCCAUGUCUACAGUUCCUGGGCUAUCUCUAGUUCCUGGUCCAAGAACCACAAAUAAUAAGGAAAUAUCACAGGACACACUGCCCACUCUAGAAAGUAAUCCAUGCCAGCGUGUAUUUUUUGCCUCCAAAUCAGAACUCAAGGAUGUAGUUGAUGGUAAGAUGUCUGAAUAUGCCAGUGUAGAAACUAAGCAGCCAGCUUUAUUUUAUCGAGUGGAAGAUGACAGGCAGAUGAUGGCACCAGUUACUAGUAGUUCAAGUUACACUGCUACUUCAGUUCGUACAGUUCCAGUUGAAUGUGAGGGACUCACCAACCAAGCAGGCAUAUUUCUACCUGUAUAUCCAUGUCACCAAGCUGCCAGUCAGGCCGAUGUACUUAUGGUCCCUCCUGGCGAGUCAACUCAGAUUGCUGGUAACUCUCUUACAACUCUGGCAUUUAUGUCUGAUCAAAAGCCUCAAUCCUUAGCAGUGCAGCAGCCAACUAUGGAUGCAGAGUUUAUUUCCCAAGAAGGAGAAACCACAAUGAACACUGAAGCAAGUUCUCCUAAGAUGGUCAUUCCCACUCAGACCCCUGGCCUUGAACUGACUACCCUUCUACCCACUACUUUCCUGGAAUCAGAUGGGGAAAGACCUCCAAAAAUGGAGUUUGCAGACAACCGAAUUAAAACUCUGGAUGAAAAAUUAAGAAACUUGCUCUACCAGGAGCAUAGCAUAUCUAGCAUCUAUCCUGAGAGUCAGAAGGAUACCCAAAGCAUAGACUCUCCAUUUUCUUCCUCUGCUGAAGAUACGCUCUCAUGUCCAGUGCCAGAAGUCAUAGGCAUCAGUCACAGUGGAAUUCAAGAUAGUCCUGCACAGUCCCCUAAUUUUCAGCAGACAGGCUCUAAGAUUCUGUCCAAUGUGGCUGCAAGUCAGCCUGCUAACAUAUCAGUAUUCAAAAGGGACCUGAAUGUGAUAACUUCUAUACCCAGCGAAUUAUAUUUACAUGAGAUGUCCCCAGAUGCUUCACUUCCAGGGGAUCCAGAGGCCUAUCCUGCUGCUGUGUCAAGCGGUGGAGCCAUUCAUCUGCAGACAGGAGUGGAAGCAGAAGAUAUGAGAUCAGCAGUUGCUCCUGAUCCCAUUCCUCUGACGGGAGAGUCCUCGGCUGAUACUAGGGCUUUGAGUAGAUGUAAAGCGAUGAGUGGAUCAUUUCAGCGGGGUCGGUUCCAGGUGAUUACGGUUCCUCAGCAGCAGUCAGUGAAAGUGACAUCUUUUGGAAUAGAACACACACCAGCAUUCCAUAAAAUGACAACCCAUUCUAGUGAAGAAGCUCUAGCCUUUACGGACAGAGCAAAGUCUCAAUUAGUGGAAAUGGAACCUGCCACGCACAAUCCACCGACUUCACUUUCUUCUCAGAAGUUACGAGCUCUUCAUGAAACCUUCAAAGAAGGUAAAAGAAUUCCCAAACAAGGUUACAACUUCUCAUCUUUCAGCACAGCUUGUGAGACUGAUGUAUCUUCAAUGACCCCAGAAAAAGAGUUGGAAGAGAACUCAGCCACGGGAAGUAGUAUGCAUUCUGGACUUGAACUGUUGUUUAAAGAGAGAGAGAUACUUACUGCUGGGAAACAGCCUAGCUCUGAUAGUGAAUUUUCAGCCACUCUUGCUGGCAGAGGGAAGUCAGUGGCAAAGACUGGUCCAGAGAGUGAUCAGUGCUUACCACUCCGUGAAGAAAAAGCCUGUGCUCAAACACAGAGCUCACUCUUCUAUUCACCAUCUUCUCCAAUGAGCAGUGAUGAUGAGUCAGAAAUAGAGGACGAGGAUUUGAAGGUGGAGCUUCAAAGAUUACGAGAAAAACACAUUCAGGAGGUGGUAAAUCUUCAAACCCAGCAGAAUAAGGAGCUGCAGGAGCUCUAUGAACGCCUUCGGGCAAUUAAAGAUAGCAAAAUCCAGUCAUCAGAGGUUCCUCUGCCACCUUCGUCACCACGCAGACCAAGAUCUUUCAAAAGCAAACUUCGUAGCCGCCCCCAGUCCUUGACACACGUGGAUAGUGGCGCAGCUGCUACAGAUCCACUGUGUGUGGAAAGUAAUGUAGCAUCAUGCCAGCAAUCUCCAGCUAGUAAAAAAGGGAUGUUCACAGACGACUUACAUAAACUGGUUGAUGACUGGACAAAGGAAACAGUAGGAAAUUCUCUUAUUAAGCCAAGUUUAAACCAACUCAAACAGAGUCAACACAAACUAGAGGCAGACAACUGGAACAAAGUAUAUGAAAAUACUCCAUCUACUAUGGGCUACACACCAACAUGGAUUUCUUCUCUGUCCCAAAUCCGUGGAGCUGUCCCAACCUCCUUGCCACAAGGACUCCCACUCCCUUCAUUUCCUGGGCCAUUAUCAUCAUAUGGAAUGCCCCAUGUUUGUCAGUAUAAUGCUGUGGGGGGGCCAGGGUACCCAGUACAGUGGGUAGGAAUUUCAGGAACACCGCAACAGUCUGUAGUAAUUCCUACUCAAUCUGGGGGACCAUUCCAGCCGGGAAUGAAUUUACAGGCGUUUCCAGCUUCAUCAGUGCAGAAUCCAUCCGCGAUCCCUCCUGGUCCCAAAUGAAUCAGAGUAGAUGAUGAAGAAAAGGGAGAUUUUUUUCAGAAUUAUUUUCAGGACACCUAAGAUACUAAACGUUCUUCUUCUUGGGUUCUGCCAUAUUUUCC